CGUGAUGUGUUUUAGCGCUUUUUCUCGUCUAGGUUGACGUUCGUGUACGCGGUCGCGCUAGGAAUCGCUGGAAAGGACGGUACUUACUAACGACCACUCGAGUCGCCAUCAGUUGGCGACUGCAUUAGCGUCGAGUUCGAGCGAUACCGUGAAGUAAUCCGUCGCUAUGAGGUCGUGCCUGCGUGACGGCCGCACGUACCACUACGACCGCACUACCAGCGCGGCAAUCCGUCAGUCGCUUUGUCGCCGAACUGCCACCGCUAGAUACCGUGUCUUUUAACGCUGCUGCGAGGUGCACUCUCGCGAACGGACGUUUCCAAUGAAGAUGCCUUUCCAGGGACUCGCGGGAACGAACUUCACGUACUUCUCGUUGCAGAAGGAGACGCCGUCGGCCCAACUGCUGCAUUUGGCAGCGCUCCAGGGUAACUUGCCGCUCCUCGUGAGCGUGCUCGACAGCGGCAAAGUCUACGUGGACUGCAAGGAUCAGGAAGGAACGACAGCCUUGAUUAUAGCUUGCGCAAACAACAACUAUGACUGUGCCAAAGAACUGCUCGAACAAGGCGCCAACCCAGCUGCCAAGCGAGUUACUGGAACCACCGCUCUGUUCUUUGCGGCACAAGGGGGCUACUUAGACAUUGCCAGGUUGCUCCUUGAACACAAUGCCCCAGUAGAUGCUGCGAGCGUGGAUGGUGGCACGCCGCUGCUAGUUGCCUGUCAGUGCAACCACCUCGACGUCGUUGAAGAGCUAGUCAAAGCCGGAGCAAGUAUACACACGCAAAUGUCGGACCGUGCCACGCCCCUAUUUGUGGCUGCUCAAAAUGGACAUUUGAAUCUUGUUUCCCAUCUCAUCGCCCUCAACGCGGAUAUCAACUUAAAACGAACGGAUGGCGCCACCGCAUUGUGGAUUGCAUCCCAAAUGGGUCACACGGCAGUCGUCGCUGAACUGCUUGCUCAUGGUGCUGAGGUUGAUUCAACGCGGCAUGAUGGGGCAACACCACUUUUCAAGGCGGCGCACAAAGGCUAUGCAGGCCUUGUCGAGCUUCUCGUGAAGCAGGGUGCUUCGCUCGGCCUUCUGAAGAACGGUGAAAGUGCCCUUCACGCUGCAGCGUUAUUUGAUCACCUGAGCGUUAUCAAGCUGCUCUUAGCUGCCGGAGCGGACCCACAGCUGAGGAACCAGGACGGAUUGACCCCGCUUGACCUCGCGCACGAGGCUUCCAACACCCAGAUCGUCGACUACCUGAAGCAGCACAUCGCGACGCGGGGCCUUCCGGACUCGAUGCGUGCCUCCUGACGAGGUCUUGCGCCCAGGCUGGAAUGAAAAAACCUAGCAAACUGGGCCCCAGGCCCAUAAAUUUUGCCAGUCGCGCUCAUCUCACAUAGACUGUCAUGACCUGCGGAAAAUUGGUUCCAUUGAUAAAGACGCGUCGCGUCUCUUGUGCCAUUGUUAUGCACAUGCAUCUUCCCAUGGGAAAGCAUCAGUGCAUUUCGAAGUCCGAAACUGACAUUAUGAAACUAAGUGCAUUGGGCUUGAUGGUGUCCGAGCUGUAUACAUUAUGAAGGCGCCUUGAAAAGUGGUUUGUCAUCUGGCCGUACUUAAGGCUCUCUUCUCUGCUGAUUGACGUAUUAGAUUGCUAAACGAUUGGUCGUAUAAUGUGAAUGUGACGUGCAGCCAUCAUUGAUUGGCUCAAAAGUAGCAGACGACAGCGUGUAUCUAUGGAAAUGUUCUUGUGUUGUGCAUGUCGUUCAUUUGAGCGCAAGUGCCGAAUGCGCAGUAUUUCAAAGUUGGUAUUUCUAAAUCGAAAUUGUACCUACACUGGUCCAUAAGCUACACUGGAAUUAUGCCCAGUAGUUUUCUUUAUAGAACAUUAUGUAUGUUUGUAAAGCUAUUUGUUAGCUCAUAUGGCUAUCAAUGUUCACUAUUACCACAAAAAUAAACGUGUCCCAACUGUCAAAAACGUGAUGUAGCAAAAUACGGCAACAUAAGGAGCCGCGUAUUGAUGACAGGACGGCACUGCAUGAUCAUAGAAAACAGUUUUUUGAGCAUUUUGGACUGGUCCUUUGGAUGAAAUGUGCAUUCGUACUGGCAUCUGCAUUGCUAAAGAGGUGAGAAAGUUGCUAAACCUAGUAAGCUUUUAGUCUUCUUUAAGUGACGUUUUGCUUUCAUGAAGUUUUUGUGAUGCAGAUAACGGGUAAAUGUGUUUUCUGCAAAAUUUCACGAAGGAUUUUGGCCUUAUUCAGUGGCAUUGCACAGAGAAUUCAUCCUAUUGGCAGAAUUGCCAUGAAGUAUGUUAAAGAAGUACUGACACAAAAUUUUGAAUACAAGGUAAGUUGUGGGGUAGGUUUGUCUGCAAGGUUGCGUGCGAUAUUGUGUGGUAGAUAGAGUUCGCAUCACUUGGCCAUGUCAAUAGCACAUGUAGCUUAGAACAUAUUCAGUGGGGCCCUGCAAGACUUUUUGAGCCUUGUCAGUAAACGCUGCCAAUCUGUAGUUGAGGCUCCUGAGAACACAUGAACUAGACAUAGCGCAACAUGCAGCCUGCAAUUUGCAAUUAGCCCGGUAAUCAUUUUGGACAAGCACAGCCCGUCCUUGCCAAGCGGCGCCCAUACCAUUUUGGAAAAGUGUCGUCCGUUUGGCAAGUCUCGUCCAUUUCAGAUAAUAUCUCGCCACGAGUGCUUUGAAGAAGACUCGCUCAUUUCCAGCUUAGUUCAUGUGUCACUUCAAAGAUGGCAGCGUUUACUUGGCGGUGUCUUUUAUUUUAACUGCAAUUUCCCACUUAAUGGGGACUUCUGUUUAAAAAAUGUUUUUCCAGUGAAAACGAUGUGUGCGUUGCUCAUGCAUUGUCGCGGAAAAGAAGUCUUUCGUCAUCGUUCAGCUUUCCGGUGCUAAUUAUUCUGACACCGAAGUUUUCUUUGAUGACUUGACAUGUUAUGGUCGCCACUUUUCCAAUCAAAUUAUUUUGUGAAUCGUGAAAGACACUAAAGAGUAUUAAGACAAUAAAAUGUGUUAUGCCAAUUUACAUGAUCACUUCAACUUUUUCAAGAUUCAAUAUGAAAACUUCAAGAAAAAAACAUUUUUAGACAGAAUCUCCAAAAAACAAUAGAAUGGCCUAGGGGUUAAUUACGAAAGUCGGAAAUCAAUCCCUCUUCUCUCUACCAAUGAGGCCACAAACCCACAUGACCAUACCAUAAACCUGAAGUCCACGACCAUGAGAUAAUCUGAGCAUCGUGACCGCAUAGUUACCAUGGCCACCACAAAAUAGUGUCAUCUUCCUAUGCACGUGCGAUCACAUUGAAAGUGAGCAACACUUCAGAAGAUAAAAAAUUAAUAAUAAUCAGCACUGCAGUUUGUCUUGUCUUUUGUCUCCGCGUAGACGUGCGCUGUGUUACAUUAUGUUAAAAAAAAGUGCUCAAGAAAAUGUGCAUCAUCCUGCCCCUUCGUCAUCGUCUUUCCUGUGUAGCUUUCAGCACACUUGCCGGUGUGAAAGGAAGCGCUUGAAGCGUGCAACGAAUCCUCGUAACUCGGCUCGUUCUGGAUGGAAUCUAAAUUUUUUUUUGCGGCAGUUGAUUCGUGAGGCAAUAAGUUCUUUUAUUGAAGCUGUUUGUCGAUUACGUAUAAAAGUGUUGCAGGACUUCUUUAAAAUUGGUUUGAAAGUGUUUGCAAGACAUUUGAGCACGAAAUGGAGCACUUUGCAAUAUCAACUCGAAUUUAGCAAUGUAUGCAACAGUGUUUGUCACUGUUUCUGUAUGUGACAUUUGUCAACACGGUUCUCACGUGUACGCAACGCUGCGUGUGCCAGGCACUACUGUUUCAUCGUAAGGGGACGGCUGUGUUUUACAGAAAAAUUUUGUCGUCCCGUAUUUCUCAGUGAUCUCUGUAAUCAAUACUCUGACUAUGCACUAUAUGCACUAUAAGGACUUAUUCAAACACUAGCAAAACUCGGUGUAGGCCUACUGUGUUAUGCAAAUUAAUUGAUUAUUGCACGCUCAAGCAAGUGAGGUUUUCAUCCUUGAGAGGUGGGUCACGAGCUACUUUAUGCAACAGAAAAAAGUUUUUGUGUCAGUACUCCUUUAAAUGCAGACUUGAAUAGUUACUGACCGAAGGAUGCUAAUCACAUUAAAGAAAAUUUUGAUAAGUCAUUAUCAUAAUUUCUUAGUUAAUUUUCAGUAAGCCUAUUUCAACUCUGGUGUGCACAGUAUGUGAGCAAAAUGUUUUUUUUUUUUUUUUCGUGUUGCAGAGUAACCGCAUGUAAUAGAUUGUCUCGCUUGGCAGACUGAGCAGCACUGCAGUGCAAUUUUUUUUUUUUUUUGUAAGAAGCUAUGUGCAUUGUAAAAAUGGUGUGCAGAGAGUUCAUCGCAAGAAUGCUUAUGUGUGAGUGUUUUAUUCAACCAGUCAAACUGAAGCAAAGCUUUGUUCCUAGAACACCGUGUCACCGUCAAAAGACAGUUUUGUUCUGCAAACAGUCCUGCCUGAAAAGUUUUGUUUAUGGACUGCUCUCUUCAAAUUGGCAAAAUUUGUACAUCAUGUGUGGUGUUGUGUUCAGUCACAUUCUAUGGAAGGAUGCUUUCAUGCACCUAAUUUUAUUUAGUGAAACUAUGCAGUUUUCUAUUGCUCUUCAGCGAAUAUCUCACCAGCUUUCCUCCGGCCCCGUUGUGGCUGGCUUUAGAUGAGGCACACUAGGGUUACACAUUACAAUGAAAUAGAAUGCACAGACAAAAAAAAAAGGACGAAUAAUGGUACGAUGACAUCUAAGCAACAUUUGCCAUCUGUAUAUGCAAGAGCAUUAAUUGUCGCUGAUUGUGGCACCUGACGAUGGCAAGCGUAGAGCACGAGCCGAGAGCUGUGGCGGCUGCAACGCCAUCUGGCCGAUCUUCUGCCUAGCAGAGCACAGCCUUGUGCCCUGUUAUACGUCACCGCCACCUGUUGCAACGGUUGCACAACACAAUAGUUGCACAAAGCAACAGUAGCAUAGCAGUUAGUACGCUUGCCUGCAAAGCCGUAACGGUGGCAGUAGGGUUGAAUGUUUCAAUGCUUACCAUGUUUACCUUCAUUACUUAAGAUGAAGACGGCGUAUCUGCUAUGCCAGUUAUGCAAUUUGUGUGUCAUUAUAUUACCAAGGCUUUCUACUGACAGCAGAGUCGUACAAUGAAUCAAUUAAUGCUUUCAUAUUAAUGUACAAGAUCUGAUGACAUGCAAACUGAACGACUAUUAAUACUAUGCAUUGCUAGAUUCAUCGGUGUGUGGUGCUUAUCGAAAAGAAGAGGUGCUUGUACAUUUCGUGCUUCUUUUCUCAUCCUAUUUAGUCCUCCUUGCUAAAGAAAUUCGCACGCAGUUGCAAUUACUAUCAAUGUCCUUACCCAGCGCAACCGAUGAAACAAGCAGCUGUCACUUGUUCCAAAUUUCGUGCUAUUCCCUUCAACGUUGUCAUGUUUCCAGCUAGCUCAGAUGCAGAAUUUAAGUUUUACUGAUGAGCAGGUGUGCGUUUGUGCUGAUUUAGUAAAACACGAAUAUAUGUAGUUGCCAACGAAUGUUGACUAAGCACAGGUUGAAGUACAUAGUACAACUGUACAGCCGCGGCCACGUCUGUGCAGAGCGCUCGAGCAGCCGGUUUUUUGGUCUGCGGGCUGAAACCUUGAGGCAGUUUCGGGCUCUGAAGAGGUGUGUCAGGAGCACGCACAGCCUAGUUGUCAGGCUGACCACGUCAGAGCCUGAUACUGCCGCCCCAACAUUUCACCCCGCAGAGCAAAAAUCAGCUGUUUGGGUGCUCUACACAGACGUGGCCGCGGCUGUACAUCCUUCUUUGUUGAGCCAAGCCACUUCUGAUUUCAUGGAUCACCUUGUCACCCUGGAUCACCUUGUCAGAAGCUUUUAGUUUUAGCUAAAGGCGGCAUAUGAGGGCACCAUGAGAUUUGUUCUUUCUGCAUAUAAUGUGUCCCUUAAGCUUUUGCAACUCACCUUGCAGUCAUGGACAAUUGUUUCCAGACAAGUUAGGACAGACUAGAACAGUCUUCUGUUUCUGCCGGUAGGCUUGUUGGCCUGCUUACGCCCCGCACACUUAGUGUGGGGCCCGAACUAAUAUCUCUUGCCACUGCAUAGUUAUAAUUGUACGAUUGCGCUCUCAAGUGAACACCGGCAGAAGCCGUUCACUUCAUUUCUGGUUCACAUUCCAUUUGUCCACGAGUGUACGUCAAAAACCAUGCUCAAGAGAGUCGUGCCCGAUUUGUUUGGAUGCACACGAUUUUACAGCUCUCCUCGAAGCUAAUCAUUGCACAUACUUCAGAGCAGCCACGCUAACUAAUACAGAAACAUUGUAUCUAUCUUAUGUGUUGUCCUUGAGCACAGGUGUGUAUGGAAAUUAGUAGAAACACUUCAGGCGUGUAUAAAAAAAUUCCGUAACAAGUUGUGUGCUGGAGUAAGCCUUUCGGCAAGUGCAGUUGUCUUCUUCAAUGCUAAAAGGUGCACAAUUUCCAUUUACGGAUUUUUUCAUUGCAGAUCUUCCCGUUCUUGCAGUUUUUCAGGCCUCAAUGGGACACACAGCGUAUUCACAGCAUAGGGUGGUGGAAUGGCCUGCUAAGAGCUAGUAGUAAAUGCUUUUCAGUCACUAAAUGCAAGUACUAAUUACAGGAAGAUUGCUGAGGAAUGCCAUGUGGUCACAUGCAUCUGCAUAGAGAAUGACAACGCCAAUGGUGUGCUAAAGAUUCCACAGAUCUUGAUGGGUGACCGACGCAGUGUUAUGUUAUUUUUGGAAUGUAAAUAUUUGUGUAGUUUUGUGUAAGUGGCAUGCCGGUGCCAAAUAUGUCUGCAUCACGUGGAGCAGUGCUGGUUUAAUCCACUAACACACGACGUCCUGGACGUUUUCUAUUUGUGCAACAAGUGCUGCACAAUGUUUUCUCGUGCAUUGUAGAGCUGUACAGCUGCACAUAAUUAACCGUUCAUACAUCUCACGCACAUCUUCGAAAAAAAAAAAAGAAAACGCUUGCCUUGCCACGCACUGGUCUCCGAGAGACUUGUUGCUAGUGGUUCUCGCUGGCGACUUAUUGUUCUUGAACUGAGGUCGGUUCGCACAUAAUUUCGUAUGAUUAUUUUUGUGCCUCUCUUUUAGUGCUUCGAAGUGGUUCCACGUCUAUUUUGUCAAAAGUAGCAAGAAAGUAGAAAGAGAUGUAUUUGUCGAAGACUACAGUCAUUAUUUUGUCACUUUGGAUGGAACAGAAGGCCCUGUUCUAUUGUAGUUUUUUACAUUUCUCUAUGACAAAUUUUCAUACAGUGUGCGAGUAUAAAUGUAUAUUGUGUGUGUGUGUGUGUUUCAUGCACGUGUAUCAAGAGACAAAGCUUCGUAAGGGGCACAUGCCUCCUAAUAAAACAAAUCACAGUGCCACAAUCCCCACAUGUUGUAUAGUUAUCAGCAGUAUGUCAUUUUUGAGAGUGCCACCUGCAGAGAUGUAUCAGAUUUGCAAUUUCUUUCUUUGCUGUGUUGAAUGUGUUGUAAAAUACUGUGUUGUACGGCCCAUGCAUUGUUAAUUUAAACGGGCAUGGGUUUUUUUCGCUAUGCUACGCUACCUUUCAUUUUUUUUUUUCGAAGAAACUGAAGCAUUCAUUAAAAUAUGAGAGCAAAUAA